AUGUAUUGGAAAGCAGCUAAGGCGUACACUGAGUAUGAAUUCCAAGAGGUCAUGAAGUCACUGGCCCGUAUGCACCAUGAUGCAACUACAUACUUGUGUGAGACACACUCAAGGCUUACUUAUUACGAUGUUGAUCGAGUUCAUCAGAGCCCAGUCACACCUUGGGUUGAAGAUAAGAUCGUAAAACAUGUACAGAAGUCUUCAAACUUGGAGGUGCAUCCUAUAACAUCUGAUCGAUACCAGGUCCUUGGUAGUGGCCAAUAUGAUACCCUGGUCGACCUGACGAAGUGUACAUGUAUCUGUCAAAAAUUUCAAUUAUCACAGAUUCCCUGCAUAUAUGUUAUUGUUGUAGCCAAAUAUAUAAAGCUCACAACCUGUAUUCAAUGGAUGCAUCCAUACUACAGCACAACUUUUUAUCGUAUAGUUUAUGCGGACGCAGUCAAUCCAUUAGGAGAUCAGUCAAAGUGGAUUCAUCUGGAGGAGCCACAUGUUAUCCACCUACCGUAUAUGCAUCGUCGUCAUACAGGCCGUCUAGCAAAUAAAAACAAACGUCUUUCUCAAAGAGAAGUUGUUGAGCAACUUAUCUGUAGUGAAUGUCACCAACCUGGACAUAUAAGACAGAAUUGUAGAAGCCCUAUUCCAAUACCUAGUUCUGUACCAUCAAGUUCAGGAAGAAAGAAGAAAGAUGGAAAAUAA